UCAGGUACUCUACCUGCCCCAACAUCGCCGUUACACUCGAGCUAACUUGGUGUCAAAGGCGGACCGCAUCGAAUCGGCAGAAAAGCGUCUGGAGCAGUUGCGCGGCAAACUGGCCGAAGAGGCCCAAAAAGCCUUUAAACAGGAGAAGAAACUGGGCGUCCUUCUCGGUGGUUACCAGUCCCGCGCUCAAGGUCUCAUAAAGGCCAUUCAGGACUCGGUCGACCUCACAGAACAAAGCCGUAUGGAAUUCACGACCCUCGAACGUCUUCGGGAACAGGAACUUGGUGCUAUUGCACGACGCACUGAGGUGAGUCCCAUUUCUCAUAUUUACACUUCCGAGUUUACGGGCCGUUCGUUGGCCUCCUACACUGGUUCCCAUUGUUCGUUCACUGCUCGGACUUUUUAG